UUAUUAUUUUGCAAAUAAGUGGAAUGAGAAGAGAUCAGAGCCUCCUACUUUAGGCGCCAUCGAGUAGCACAAAUCACAAGAUUCCGGCGCCGCGUCGAAGCAGCGCCCUUCUUACACAGCCGUCUCACCAACUAUCUGACGGAAAACUGGUGGUUUUGAUAUUUUCCCUUAUUACUUCUACGCAGUCAGUCAUCCACUUCAUACCCAGCAAUCUACGAAAUAGGAGAGGGAAAGUGAACGAGAAGGAGCCGCCAUGCCUACUGUUAGCGUUGGUAGAGACCGCCUUUUCGACGCUCUAGGCAAAACCUAUGAAGAUGAAGAAUUCGAAGAUUUGUGCUUUAGGUUUGGCAUUGAGCUCGAUGAUAUAACAACGGAGAGGGCAAUAAUUCGGAAAGAAAAGCAUAUAGAAGACGACGGACCAACUGAAGAUGAAGAAGUUAUCUACAAAAUUGAAGUGCCUGCAAAUAGGUAUGAUUUGCUAUGUCUGGAGGGUAUUGCACAGGCCCUUCGUGUUUUCGAAGAGCGUGAAGAUAUUCCAACAUAUACGCUCUCUAACGUUACUCAUCAAUCCAUGUUGAAAAUGCAUGUGAAAUCAAGUUUCCCAAAAAAGGACAUGCUUGUGGAACCAGAGUUAUCUAUCCGGCCAUUUGUUGUUUGUGCUGUUCUAAGAGGUGUUACUUUCGAUGAAGCAAGAUAUAACAGCUUCAUUGAUCUUCAAGAUAGGUUACAUCAGAACAUAUGUCGCCGAAGAACCUUGGUAGCUAUCGGGACUCACGACUUAGACACUAUUCAAGGCCCUUUCUCUUAUGAGGCUGCUUUGCCGUCCGAAAUAAAAUUUGUGCCUUUGAAGCAGGUAAACGAAUUUAGGGCCGAUGAACUAAUGGAGUUCUAUAAGUCUGAUUUGAAGCUGAAGAAGUACCUGAAUAUAAUAGAGAAUUCACCCGUGUUUCCAGUUAUAUAUGACCGUGACAGAACUGUGUUGUCUUUACCCCCGAUAAUAAAUGGUGCACAUUCAGCUAUUAAUUUGAAGACAAAGAAUGUUUUCAUUGAAUGUACAGCCACUGAUCUGACGAAGGCUAAGAUUGUUUUGAACACCAUGGUUACUAUGUUCUCUGGGUACUGUGAGAAGAAGUUUGAAGUUGAACCAGUUGAAGUAAUAUAUUCUGGUGGAGAGUCAUAUGUUUGUCCUGAUCUCUCACUCUAUGAUAUGGAAGUGUCACUGUCUUAUAUCAAUGAUGCAAUUGGAGUAUCUUUGGAAGCAGACAAGGUCACUCAGUUGUUACAGAGGAUGCAAUUGCAUGCCAAGAAAUCUGAUUCAGCUGAUAAUCAAUACAAAAUAAGUGUCUCUGUUCCUCCUACAAGAAGCGAUAUUCUUCAUCCUUGUGACGUUAUGGAGGAUGUUGCUAUUGCAUUUGGAUACAAUGAAAUUCCAAAGAGAAGGCCUGCAUCUAUAAAGCCUCUAGCAUUGAAUGAACUAAGUGAUCUGAUCAGAUACGAGAUCGCAAUGAAUGGAUUCACAGAGGUUUUGGCUUUUAUACUGUGUUCUUACAAAGAAAACUUUGCCAUGUUGAAUCGCAAGGAUGACAAAUCAACUGCCGUGAUUAUUGCCAAUCCUCGUUCUUCUGAUUUUGAGAUGGCACGUAGUAGUCUUAUGGCUGGUAUAUUGAAAACUGCUGGGCACAAUAAAGAUCAUCGGAAGCCUAUCAAGAUCUUUGAAGUUGGUGACAUAGCGGUCCUGGAUGACACAAGAGAUGUUGGUGCCCGAAAUUGCCGUCAACUUGCGGCGCUUUAUUGUGGUGCUAGUUCUGGUUUUGAGAUUAUACACUCCCUAAUUGACAGAGUUAUGGAAAUUGUUGGCACUCCUUUUGUUGCAGAGGGAGAUACCUCUGGCUACUACAUAAAGCGUGCAGAUAAUCCUGAGUUUCUCCGGGGAAGACAAGCCAACAUCAUUUACAAAGGGAAGCACAUAGGCUCCUUUGGCAUUGUGCAUCCCGAGGUGUUAAACAACUUUGAUAUCUCAGAUCCUUGUUCAUAUGUGGAGCUUAACAUAGAGAGUUUCUUAUAACCCCUGUUAUAUAAUCGGUGCCUGCAAACUUUCGGAUGCUGGUCUCAAGCAAACAGGAAUUGUCAAUGGAAGCAUGUUUUGACUUUGUAGUUGAUUUCAGAGGGAGAAGUUGUCUACUCUACGACGGGAAUGACAAAUUUAUUGACUUAUUAUUCUAAGGGGGCAUUGGAAUGUGCUCAUUUAUCAAACUAUACUUUUAGCAUAUUGGUAGUUUAUUCAAUUUUGUAUAUUUUUAACAUUUUGAUUGGUCUCCUUUCGAUUUGAAAGAACGCAAUGAUAAAUUAUUGUUUAUUUUAAAAGUUUUAUUUUAAUAAUUCAAACUUUAAGCGCUCUUGUUAUCUU